AUGGUAACGGUCGAGGAUGUUCGUCGUGCUCAACGGGCAGAAGGGCCAGCCACAAUCAUGGCCAUUGGCACUGCAACACCACCAAAUUGCAUCGACCAGAGCUCGUACCCAGAUUACUAUUUUCGGAUCACUAAUAGUGAACACAUGACUGAUCUUAAAGAAAAAUUCAAGCGCAUGUGUGAUAAAUCCAUGAUCAAGAAACGUUACAUGUACUUGACUGAAGAAAUCUUGAAGGAGAAUCCAAACAUGUGUGCAUAUAUGGCUCCAUCCCUUGAUGCUAGGCAGGAUAUUGUGGUAGUGGAAGUCCCUAAACUAGGCAAAGAAGCUGCCCAGAAGGCAAUAAAGGAAUGGGGUCAGCCCAAAUCGAAAAUAACUCACCUCGUCUUCUGCACCACGAGUGGGGUCGACAUGCCUGGUGCGGACUACCAGCUGACCAAACUCCUCGGGCUCCGUCCUUCUGUCAAACGCUUCAUGAUGUACCAACAAGGUUGCUUUGCUGGUGGCACGGUCUUGCGCAUGGCCAAGGACCUGGCGGAGAACAACAAAGGAGCUCGUGUUCUCGUGGUUUGCUCGGAGAUCACUGCUGUCACGUUCCGCGGCCCAAGUGACACACACUUGGACAGCCUUGUGGGUCAGGCCCUAUUCGGGGAUGGCGCGGCUGCUGUUAUAGUCGGUUCAGACCCGGUGGUCGGGGUUGAGCGACCCCUUUUUCAGAUGGUUUCAGCUGCUCAAACUAUGCUUCCAGAUAGUGAUGGUGCAAUUGAUGGACAUUUACGUGAAGUGGGACUAACAUUUCAUCUCCUAAAAGAUGUUCCGGGCCUGAUAUCGAAGAACAUUGAGAAAAGUCUAAAAGAGGCAUUUGAUCCUCUAGGCAUAUCUGAUUGGAACUCAAUUUUUUGGAUUGCACAUCCUGGUGGGCCUGCAAUUUUAGAUCAGGUUGAGUCAAAAUUGGGCUUGAAGCCCGAAAAACUUCGCUCGACUAGGCACGUCUUAAGUGAGUACGGGAACAUGUCGAGUGCCUGUGUUUUGUUUAUCCUCGAUGAAAUGAGGAAGUCCUCAACCAAGGACGGGCUGUGCACAACCGGUGAAGGGCUUGAUUGGGGAGUACUAUUCGGGUUCGGGCCGGGCCUCACAGUUGAGACUGUGGUGCUGCAUAGUUUGCCAGUUUGA